AUGAAUGAGAAACCAGCUGACAAUCACGCCGAAUUCAUGGAGGCAAUGGCGAAUCUCGCUAAUACCAUGGAAGCUAAUGAUGCUGUAACUCUGCAAGCUGUGCAGAGAUUGGGCCAACUGGCCGGCAACGGAAAUGGCAAGGGGAAUGGCGAAGGGAAUGCUAAUGAUAAUGCUGAGGGUAAUGGCGAUAACACGGGAGGAGUUCCGAUGACCUUGGCGACGUUUCUCAAGGUUCAUCCACCAACUUUUCUAGGGUCCACAAAUCCUACUGAAGCGGAUCAUUGGUUCCAUGCUAUGGAGCGUGCUUUACAGGUGCAACAUGUUCCUCUCAAUCAAUAUGUGGAAUUUUCCGCUUAUCAGCAAGCGGGAGAGGCCCAGCCUUGGUGGCAAGCUGAGUGUCAUUUGCUACAGCUUCAGAACACCGACAUUCCAUGGGAGGGUGACCCGGAGACUUACGAGAGCUGGAGAUGCGUUAAGUACCAGAGGGGUUUGAAGGACAACAUUAUGAGUGCUGUGGCUCCUAUGGGGAUCCGCAUCUUCUCCGACUUGGUGAAUAAGGCUAGAGUAGUGGAGGAGUAUGCCAAGACCGUGGCAGCAUCUAAGGACACUCAUGAAGGGAGCUCUAGUCAUGGGUGUGGCAAGUAUUUUCAUCCGAGAGGACAAAGCUUCACAAGAGGAGGAUAUGCACCUCAAGGCCAAGGGGGCUUCAGAAAGAACAAUCAGAAUCAGUUUCAGUAUGCUAGGGGAAGAGGAAAUCAGAGUAAGAGUUCUCCGGAUUUAGCUUGUAAUUGUUGUGGACGUUUUCACCCUUAUGACUCAUGCAAGAUUGGUUUAGGUGGUUGCUUCAAGUGUGGGUUGCCUGGCCACAUUGCGAAGGAUUGUCCUCGUUGGAGGAAUCAGAAUACGGGCCAGAGUCAACAUCAAGGUCGAGUCUUUGCUGUGAAUGCUAAGGAUGCUUCUAAGGCAGAUCCGUUGAUGAGAGUUAUGACUAGAUCAGGUUGUAGACAAGUAGGUUUCAAGCUUGAGAGUAGAGAUUUUGUGCAUGAUUUGAUCUUUUUACCAAUGGUGGGGUUGAAAAUGAUUUUGGGGUUUGAUUGGUUGUCGAAGAACUGGGUUUUGUUGGAUUGUUUUGAACGGACAAUUCGGUUUAUGCCGGAAGGAGAAAAUGGAGCAGUGGUAGCUACGGGGUAUUACCUGAACUCUGUAAUGGUGUAUUGUAGUGGGAAGGAGUGUCAGGGUUAUAUUCUAUUUGCUGCUAAUGCGUUGGGUGAUGCCCAGAAUUUAGAUCAGAUACCGGUGGUUAAAGAUUUUCCAGAAGUGUUCCCAGAAGAUAUCCCUGAGUUUCCACCUCAGAGGAAAAUUGAAUUUGUGAUCGAAUUGGUGCUGGGAGCCAGACCAGUGUCGAUUGCGCCGUAUAGAAUGACUCUGAUAGAGCUGGCAAAGUUAAAAACUCAGUUGAAAGAGCUUCUAAACAAGAAGUUUAUUCGACUGAGUGUAUACCCGUAG